CACAACGCGACAGUGUCUUGUCAACACAAACAAAACCGAAGCUCGCGGCGCAGUCAAGUGCCGCAGUGGCGAAGUUUGCUUAAAAUAAUUCCACAAGAAGUGAAUGAGGUUGGACCAUCUGCUGCCGUUGUGUUAGCACGCCCGCUGCUGGGAUGGGCCAGCAGAUCUCAGGUCAGGCGCUGAUGACCCGUCUACCUGAGAAGCUGGUGAAACAUGCCGGACUGGUGCGGGACAGCGGCUACCUCACCUACGAGGAGUUUCUGGCCAGAGUGGCCGAGCUCAACGACGUGACCGCCAAGCUCGCCGCCGGGCAACAGAAGCACCUCCUGUUCGAAGUCCAGCCGGGAUCCGACGCCACCGCCCUGUGGAAGGUGGCCGUCAGGGUUGUUUGCACCAAAAUCAACAAGGACACCGGCAUGCUGGAAGCAUCGCGCAUCAUGAACCUCUACCAGUUCAUCCACCUGUAUCGCGACGUCACCAGUCAGGCCGCUGGGGUGUUGUCCGCGGAGGGCGCCACCGAGGCCUCGUCCGGCCAGCUUCCUGCCGCCGACUCCUGCCAGGCCAGCAUGUGGAUGGGCAGAGUGAAGGAGUUGACCGACGAGGAGGAAUGCUGCAUCUGUAUGGACGGGAAGGCUGACCUCAUCCUGCCCUGCGCGCACAGCUUCUGCCAGAAGUGCAUCGAUAAAUGGAGCGGGCAAAGCCGAAACUGCCCCAUGUGUCGCCUGCAAGUGACGGCCGCCAACGACUCGUGGGUGAUGUCCGACUUCCCCACCGACAACGACAUGGCGGGGUACAUCCUCAACCUGGCGGACGAGGCGGGCCACCCUCACCAGCCUUAACGCACACUCGGAGAGGACGCCGCCUGUACCAAAGUCUUCAUCUUGCAUACUUGCCAACCUUCCCGAAUUUUCCGGGAGACUCCCGAAAUUCAGGGCCUCUCCCGAAAACCUCCCGGGACAAAUAUUCUCCCGAAAAUCUCCCGAUUUUCAGCCGGAGCUCGAAGCCACGCCCCCUCCAGCUCCAUGCGGACCUGAGUGAGGACAGCCUUUUUUCAUGACAAGAGGACAACAGGGUAACAAGAACUAAAUCAU